UUAUUUUUGACUUAAAUACAGUAAAUAGUUGUUAUUAAAUAAUGGAUAUUACAAGAGGAGAAUUCAAUGAUUUUUUACCAAUUUCAUCAAGAUCAGACACCAGGUCAUCUAUUAGAUCAGAAAUGGCUAGUUCUAUGGAAAUACUACCUCCAGAAGAAAAUUUCAACAGUCUUUUUAUGAGUGAAGAAGUUUCUGAUGAUGAUAAUGAUUCUCGUGAGGAGAAGGAUUUUCCCGUUGAACGUUCAAAUUUUGUUCAUGACCAUUUACCAAACAGGAUCUUAUCACAAGAAUAUUCAAAUGAGGAAGAAGAGAUUCAAGAUCUUGAUAGUCGUCCAAAAACAUCUUCAAGUUUUGCUGAUAGUGUUCCUGAUAUCGAAGAUGAAAAACUUAAAACUUUGAUUAAAAAGAUGAAAAAGUAUGAUAGGAUACUUUUAAAGAAAACAAAGCGUGAGAAAGAGGUAAAAAGACAAACAUUGAUAUUUCAAAAACAAUUACUGGAAGAAUUGGCAUCAACAACAGAAAAAAAUGAAACAACAGCUAACAUUGGAAAAUAUAUUGCACUAAUGCCUCCACCUGCUCAACUUCAAGAAAUGUUAGAUCGACUUGAUAAAGAUGAAUUUGUUCCCAUAUUUCCAACACAAAUCAAUUUUGAGAAAAAUGGAAAUAGUCACAUAUUACCUGGGUCAGCUUCUCUUCCCCGGUUUGAUAAAUAUGAUGACAUGGAAGAGACUAAAUCUUCUGGGAGGUCGAAUACUAAUGCAGAUACAAAACAACGGUCUAGUUCUGCAAAAUCUGCGCAAAAUGGGAAAAUUGACUUUAUAAAGAGAAAUAUAGAGCUUGCAAAAGAUGCAGGUAAUUAUAUAUCAAUGACUGAAGAAGAGAAGAAAAGACUGAACGAAUUACUUUCUGAUCUAGAUCAAUUUGAAAACAGCCUUCCAAGUUUGGAAGGAAGCGAUGCAAUCACAAAUCCUGGAUUGUUUUUGGGAGAUGGAUACAAACCUGAUGUUGACCAAAUGAAAAGAUUAGCAGAAAUUGAUGAGAAAAUCCAAGCAUUAUUACCAUCAGAUGAAUUUGAAAUGAUUUGUGGAACACCACAUCUAACUGAUAUGAAAUUCCAGAAUCAGGAUAUCGAACAUCUAGGAGAAAAAAUAUAUUUUAAUGACAAUCAAGAUUCUUCAAGUAAUCUAGAGGCAAUUCAACAAAGAUUAGAAAACAUUGAUCAAGAAUGGAAAGAAAUGUAUGAAGGUACGACACCCAAACUCAGUAAUGAACAAUUACAAAAGUUGCUUGAAGAAUGUUCUAUUUCAAGUUCAGCGAGGUUUUCUUCGCGUUCAAUUUUGAGCAGCUUUUCAUCUCAGGAUUGCUUUCGAUCAGAAUCACAGGCAUCAGAAUCUACAAAUAAAAUGGAAGAAGAUAUUGCAUUUAGUGGCUUCAUGAAUUCUGUUGUUCCUGUAUUAUCCCGGGAAACUUUGGAUAAUUUGUUAGAUGAGGCAAGGCAGUCUUUGGGUAUUUCCGAUGUUGGUUCUAACGAGAGUGUCACUAAUAUGGAUGAUGAAAAUCGGGGAAAUUCUCCUUUAUUUCGAGCUGUUGCGAGGAGUCAAAAAAAAGGUCAGCUUUUUGUAAUUGAGAAAAUUCUAACCUUCCUGCAAUUGUCUUGGAGGAAUUUCGUCCUACUUCAACUUCUCCUGUUCCGGUAUAGUGUUACUGUCUAUUGCAUCUCAUGAAAAAAAAAGUUGGUGACUACCGCUGUGAACCUAUUCCACUUUCCCUGUUUUAUGUAUACAUAUUUUUCAUAUAUUUUUAUACUUGAAUACGUUUAGAAAUUAUCUUUGCGUAUGAAUUUUGUGUUAGAUAUUCAUAGUAGUACAGAUUAAGGUGUAAAUUUAACACUACCUAUAUGA